GGAAGCGCGCGCACCUCCUCGAUGGGCUCGGCAUGGUCACGUGAGGCUGACGUCAGGGCAGGAGCCUCUCCCUGGAUGGUAAAGAUGGCGUUCGCAGGUGCUGCUGGAGGAGGCAAACGCAAUAGUUCACCGGCACAGAGCGGAGUGGUAAUACCUCGCAAUUUUCGUUUGUUGGAAGAGCUUGAAGAAGGUCAGAAAGGUGUAGGUGAUGGAACUGUGAGCUGGGGCCUUCUGGAUGAUGAAGAUAUGACCCUCACAUUAUGGUCAGGAAUGAUUAUCGGACCACCCAAGACAAAUUAUGAAAACAGAAUAUACAGCCUGAGAAUAGAAUGUGGGCCUAAAUAUCCAGAAAUACCUCCAAGUAUUAAAUUUUUAACGAAAAUAAAUAUGAAUGGAAUAAAUAAUUCCAAUGGCGCGUUGGAUACGCAAAAUAUACAAGUUCUAUCAAAGUGGCAACAUUCAUAUACCAUUAAGGUUAUUCUACAAGAGCUACGACGUCUAAUGGUGCACAAGGACAAUAUGAAGCUUCCACAGCCCCCAGAAGGACAACUGUACAGUUAUUAAUUUUAAUGGAUCCAAAGCCUUCUGUCUUAAACCUCACUUCCUGUUCAUGUCUCUUCAAAUUUCCACAAUGUUUAAAAACCCACACGUUAAAGAAUUCCAUCUAACUAAGACCUGGACAUUUGUAAUCUUGAAAUGCAGUGUAUGCCUAAAAUAAUGUUUCAGGAACAGCUAAAUUUAGUAAUGGCACAAAGUAAUUUAUUUUCUCUUAUCAAGGUGAUGAUAUUGUAAAGCCAUUUGGAACCUCGGCUGGGGGGGCGGGGGGGGGGGGGAACGGGGAGGGGAAAUAUGUCAUUUACUGUCUGAUCAUAACACAUGUAUGUUACACAAGAUUAUUGGUUAAUAAAGGCAGUAGUUAUAUAAUGGCAUGUUCUGAAACCUCAAUUAAAGAGCUGUAUUAAAACAAUUUAGGUUGUCUUAUGUAAACCAAACUAAUUCAAUAAGAACUGUUGAAGUUUUUGCUCAUUAUUUUUCCGCGGUGUGGGUUCAGAUUAUUUGUAAUGUCAAUGUGUUGAGGAUUGUUUUGAUACUUGUAUUUAUGAAAUGACUUUCUGUUAAGCAGUUCUUGUGUGUCAAGUAACCAAUAUUGCAAAUGUUUGUUUACAGUCUGGUUCUUUAAAAUGUGCAUUUUGAAUUUUAGUGAAAAAGGAUAUAGGUGUAUGGAUAUAUGACUUUCUAAGAUUAGUCUUGAGAUGUGAAUAAGAUGCAGUGAGAUGCUUUUGUUUAGGAAUCUCUAAAUUGGGUUAUAUGUAACCUUUUUGUUUGGCCAAAACAUUUGAUAACUUGUAAAAAGAAAGUUGUGGUAAAAUCAUUCAGAUAGGUAACAGAUGUGUAUUAAAUCUUGUGUUUGGGACUUUUUAUUCUUGACAUUUUACAUUCUGGUUUGAACAAAAUGGAUGUAAGAUUUAUCUUGAAGCGUUUUUUUAAAUACUUUCUUUUCCCCAUGGGGCUAGUGAUCUAUCGAGCUAAACUACUGGACUUUGUCAGACCUUUGCUUUAGAAACCCAUAGAAAAAACAAUUAGCAUUUCCCCUAUUAAACAUUUUUCACAGAUCUCUUGAGAAAAUACAGCAGUAAUCAAAAUGAAUUGAAUCAACAUGAAUUUAGUCUUUCUGAUAUGAGGAUAUGACACCACUAAUGUGCUGUAAUUGGUAAGAUCAUUUUUCCCCUUUCAAGAAGGUGGGUGUAUUCAUUAAUAAACCAGUUCAAAAACUUG